CCCCGAAGGAUGAAGGUGCUCACCGCUGUGUUGCUCGCCCUGCUGUUGUGCAGGCAGCCAGGGAGAGGACAGGCGCGGGACGAGCAGGACGAGGGUGAGGACGUUGGGCCGGAGGACUAUGACGACGACGACGAGGACGAGGACGAGGAGCCUGAGGGGGGCGCCGGCAACAAGGACGGAGGGCUGCGGUGCUAUUCCUGCCACGCCCUGCACAAGGAGGAGCAGUGCCACCAGAUGCACAGCUGCCCCCUCGGCCAGCGCUUCUGCAAGACCCUCAUCUCCCACUGGAACACGGAAUCGGGUCCUCUGACCACCUACUCGGCAUGGUGUGCGGACAUGUGUAAGCCUGUUGCCAAGGAGGUCGAGGGGACCCUGAUGACCAUGACCUGCUGCCAGACCACCCUGUGCAACACCCCACCCUGGCAGGGUGGGCUGGGUGUUGGGGCAAGAGGUCCCCAGGGCAGCUCCAAAACGGUCGCCCUCCUGCUCAGCCUCCUCCUUGGCCUCUGGGCAAUGGGGUCCUGAACAGAGCCACCCCUCCCCACCCCAGCCUGGCUCAUACCUGGCUGGCCAGCACCCAUUCAAUGUCGUCCUCUCCUGUCCCCACCUCUAGCACCCCCCCAGCUUUGGAAAAUAAACUUGGAGGCCAGCACUGGCUCCUCUCAGCCCA